AUGAAAUACCAGUUUAGUAAGGAAAGUAGUAGGUUUGCUAGAAAGAAGAGCUCACAGAUCCUAAGCAACAAGAAUCAAAUCUACAGAUUCUUAGCGCCAAAUAAUGUAGGAAGGAAAGCUCACGGAUCCGUCGAGUCCAAGCGAGCCGAGCAGCCACCGGUAGGCCGCGCCGUCACGGAAGGCGAUGCCGCCGCUUCCACCGCCUUCUGCCUCGUCCCCGCGCCUGGGGCACCCGCAGUAGGCGCAGAGUGCAGACUGCGCACCGCGCAGGAGCCCUCCCGCCGCCCCGCAGCGCACGCAUCGGAGCUCCGCCGAGACGGAGGCGGCGCCCGAGUCGAAGGCUGCGACGGCGUCGGCGACGGAGGGAAGGGAGGGCGGUGCAUCUUCUGCAGAAGGGCGAAGGUGGCCUCGCGGAGCGAGGACUGGAGGCGGUGGAUGGCAGCGGCUUGGGCAGUUGGGGUUGGCGCUGCGCCCUCGUCUCUCUUCCCGUGGGACGUGACAGAAGCUCAUUUGCGUCGUGCCUGGUCCACGGCAGCAGGUGGCGUUUGGAUACCGGGAAAUGGGAGGUGGGAUAGGAUAGAGAAAUGA